AUGACUGCGUAUUUGCAACACAAUAAAAUUGGUUUACGCGAUCUAACUGUCGCAGUAACCGUGCCUGACAAUGAUAUAGCUCGGCUCAUGUACUAUUUUGAGUCCGUCUGUUAUACAAUUGAAUACGAUGAUAGUGAUGUUCAACGUUAUCGUAACUAUGCAUAUUGGUCAUCAUUGUCGCACGAGGAAGUUCGUGUAUUGUUCGCUCUGUGUUCGACUCUUAGCCCUGAUGUGUUCAAUAACAAAAUAUUCUUUCAAUCGGAUGCCUUGUGUGAAAACUUUGGUAAUCACUUUUAUGAAAUUAGUCAAAUUCGACAUCAAUUGUUGGUCGUUGAGUCGAUUUUUGUCGCAGGUCGGACACGUCAAGUCAAUAGAAUCAUGGCCUAUAAAGCGAAUUGGAUGGAACAAAAUUACUAUGGCCCAAUGCGACGGCUUCGCCAACGUUUAAGUUCUACACCAUCACGAAAGUCGUCCAGUUGCGUUAUUUCAUGAUAGAUAAGACAUUGUUUUUUUAUGUUGAAUAAAUCAAAUCAGAAACCAAUAAGGCUUCAGCCCCCCCCCCCCCACUCAAAAAUCGAUUUCGGCUCCGGUACAUGCAAAUCGCAUGAAAUUUUCAGGAUAUGUU